AUGUUAUUCCAAAGUGUCGCCAACGCCAUCGCCCUAGCCUGUAUGGCCAGCUCAGCGGUCGCCUCGCCUCUGGGCCACCUGCACCACAUGCACAAGAGAGACGACGUGGUCGUCCAGACCACGGUGGUGGUCCACGUCGGCGGUAACUCGCCGGUCGCCACGGCGUCCACCGCCGCGUCCGUCGACUCCGUCGCAGCAGCCUCUGCCUCCGCCACCGCCACCGUGACCCCAGCCAUCAUCUCUGCGUCGGCCCCAGCGUCGGCCCCAGCUCCAUCGGCUUCCGCCUCCUCGGGCUCCGGCAGCUCCGGCAGCUUCUCGGGCUCCUCCAAGGGUAUCACCUACUCGCCUUACAACAGCGACGGCACCUGCAAGGACUUGUCCACCGUCAAGUCCGACUUGGCCAAGCUGUCCGACUACAGUCUCAUCAGACUGUACGGCGUCGACUGUAACCAGGUUGAAAAUGUCCUUCAGGCCAAGGCCAACGGCCAGCAGCUGUUCCUGGGCAUCUUCUUCAUCGACCAGCUCUCCCAGGGUAUCCAGCAGAUGUCUAGCGCCAUCUCCUCCUACGGCUCCUGGAGCGACGUCCACACUGUCUCCAUCGGUAACGAGCUUGUCAACGAUGGCGAGGCCUCUGCUUCCCAAAUCGGCCAAUACGUCUCCACCGCCAAAUCCCUCUUGUCCUCCGCCGGCUACUCUGGUCCAGUCGUCUCUGUCGACACCCACGUUGCCAUCCUGAACAACCCUGAACUCUGUCAAUACUCCGACUACAUUGCCUUCAACGCCCACGCCUACUGGGACGGGUCCGUUACUGGCGGUGAAGCCGGUACCUGGUUGCUGCAACAGAUGCAAAGAGUCGCCUCUGCCUGUGGUAAGAACGUCAUGUGCGUCGAAACCGGCUGGCCUCACCAGGGUGGCAGCAACGGUGUCGCCGUCGCUUCCACCUCCGAGCAGUCUGCAGCCAUCAGCUCCAUCCAGUCCACCUGUGGUAACGACGUCGUUGUUUUCAACGCCUUCGACGACAUGUGGAAGAACCCAGGUUCUAACGGUGUCGAACAAUUCUGGGGUAUCUUAAACUAG